AUGGCUGCUACCACUGGAAAUAUGAAUUACAUCUGCGUGAUAUAUGCCUUCAUUGGUUGCAUCAUCGUCGCGGACUGGUUUGCUCGAGCACGCAAGCUCAACCCCAAUCUCGAGACAGAGCUCGAGACAGAGUGGGAUGAACCAGGAACGGGAGGGCAAAUGGUGUUCAAUCACAAUUCCCAUAAAUUGAUUUGCCACUGGUCGCUGUUCAAGCACGCCCGCUAUUUUGCCAAUCGUCAAACCAAGGUAAUCGAGGAUGACAAGGCGGUGGAGGUGGUGCUUCGUCUGGAGGAGACAAUUAGUAUGCCCUCAGAAGAGACGAAGAACCUCCCUGGGCUGGGGAGAAGUUUCUCAGUCACGAAGAUACGAGCUCGGCGGCCGACGAAUGCCUCGCAGCAGCCAUCCGUCAGCAUCCGGGCGUCUGUGGUCGGUGUGGACGGUAAUUGGGUUUAA